UACUAGUAUUGUAGAGCACAACAUUCCUCCAUUGUUUUAUGACAAGUUGGGCUACAAUUAUUUGCCAGGAACAAGUUUAUAAAUUUAAGAAAGAUAGAUUUCAUGAGAUUCUGUAACAGAUAAUAGCUGGGUUGGAUCACGUGGAGUGUGGUACGGAAGUCCAGAUUCACAGAAUUGAACCAUAAUCUACUGUGGUAUGAAGGAGAUGGAGAGGCUGGCGGAGGUAACCGAAUCAGAGAUUCGAAUAGACUUCUCUCUCAACUGCAAAUGCCGAGCCACCGUGAGUCUCCGAUCUCUAUGUGCUGCCUCGCCACUGGCCUUCAAGGUCCAGACCUCCUCCCCCAACAAGUUCCUCGUUAAUCCCCCCGCCGGACUCAUCGCUCCUCUCUCUUACGCCACCUUCCAAGUCAUCCUCAAGCCUCAGUCCCAACUUCCCCCAACGUUCCCCCGCUCUCCCUCCGAUCGCUUCCUCAUCAAGCUCGCUCAAUUCCCUCCCAACUCCUCCAAUCCCGUUCCCUCUCACUCCAUUAAUUCAUGGUUCUCCUCUCUCCCAUCCUCCGCUUCCACUCAUAAUCUCAAACUCAAGGUUGCCUUCGUCGGCCCCCUCCUUCUCCGCCAUUCUGUCGCGCGUGGCGAUUCAGAUGCCGUCAGGAACCUCAUCAAACGGCAGAGGUCUCUACUCGCCGAUUUGUCGCCCAAUGAAGCCGAGUCGCUCCUCCGAGUCGCCACCGGGUUGGCUAACCCGGACGGCAUGGUUCACUUGCUGUUGGAAGCCGGGUUGAGGGUGGAGGAGGCACUGGGAUCUGGUAACGUGGACCAGAGAUGGGCUUCGAAGGGCUGGGAUGAGUUACACGUGGCGGCAGCUUUUGAUCUGGCGGAUGACAUCCUGAGGUUGUUAAAGACGAAUCCGUCGUGGCCGUUGGAUUCCAGAGAUCACAAGGGUAGGACCCCUUUGCAUUUGGCGGCAGAUAAGGGAAAUAUCAAGUGCGCGCGCGUGCUGGUGGAGGGCGGUGCCAAUGUGAAUGGCAGGUGUAACGACGGUCGUACGCCGUUAUACAGAGCGGCGGCGAAUGGUGACCGGAGGAUGGUGGAAAUGCUGGUUGAGAUGGGCGCCGACCCAACUAUAGCCGACGAUCGUGGCCGUUCGGCCCUUUCCAUUGCUAGUGACGAAGGACACCAGAAAGAGGUGGUGGAAAUAAUGGAGCAAGGAGAAGAAGUACUGGACGCAGCGAGGCAUGGAGACGUGAAGAAACUGGAGUCACUGUUGAAGAGAGGAGCGAAUGUAGAGUACCGUGAUCAGUAUGGUUUGACAGCACUUCAUGCGGCAGCCAUGAAAGGGCACAGAGAGAUGGUAUGGAUGCUGACAGAAGCAGGACUGGACUUGGAAUGUGAGGACGAGGAAGGUCACGCGCCGCUGCAUAUGGCGGUGGGGAGCGGUGACCAAGAGACCAUACGAGUGUUACUGAACAAGGGAGUGAAUGUAAAUGCUACUAACAAGAAGGGCGCCACCCCUUUGUACAUGGCUAGAAUUUUGGGAUACGAUGCCAUUGCUGACUUCCUUGUCACCAGAGGAGCAAUGUCCUGUUUUCCUGUGAUUUUAUCCUAACUUCUCCCAUUGUACAUCACAUAACUCCAAAUUCUAAUGGUUCUCCCUACGGCAAUUUCCUUUUUUUUUUUGGG